AUGGUUUAUGAACCGACGAGCCAAAGCCAAAGUGUCUCAACCGUUCAACCAAAUUACCAUUCCCUCAGACUGCACCCGUUCGGCAAUUUACCAACAGUGUCAGCAUAUCCGCCAGCCGUUGCGACAAGAAAACAGAGGCGGAACCGGACCACCUAUAGCAAGGAACAACUAAAACUUUUGGAAAUUUUGUUCGAAAAGAACAGGUACCCCGAUAUUUUUAUGAGGGAAGAAGUUGCCGCUAAAAUCAGAGUUGCGGAGUCGAGAGUUCAGGUAUGGUUUAAGAACCGACGAGCUAAAGCCUGUACGCAACAGCAGGAACACGAGGCAGAGAGGAAUAAGCCGAAGAAAAUGCGACGCCAUUCCGCCAGCAUCACCGAAGCGACACCAUUCCCUUGCUCGCAAACCACCUAG